AUGGCGUUUCCCGCCGAAUCGCUCACUGGGCUGAAUGAAGCUUCUCACGGAGAACCCUUCAACGAGGGGCAUUUCAAGGAAAUUUGCACCGCGCUCUGCCGGGACGUGGAAAGAAUCGCCCGGUGGGACGAACGGGUGCAGCGAGUGCACCUCGCAAGUCGCAAUACCGACGGAGCGCAGGACCGGGAACCAAACAGGCAAAGCGAGGAGCCAUCGAUUGCAAUCCGCCAGGAGGAGAGGAGGGCAAGCCAAUGGCAGGGCCAGGUCUUUCCCCAGUCCCUGACCGGCCCCACUGGCGACGUAAAUCCUGGCCCCAACUGGCCGCUUUUUGCUGAAGUGGUCUUCCGCCCGGGUCGACUCUUGACCACUUCCGCCGUCGUACGCCGUCGUCUUUGCGUUCUGUGUCCGCGUGGCAUGGAUCUUCUUUCCGACACUGCAAUCUUCGUCUUUGCCUCUUUGCCGUUGUCACUAUUGACUGCUGUUCCCUUCGCUCCAGCAUGGCGUCUUGCGAUUCCAUUGACCUCUCUUAACCCUGCCUCUUCCCGUUCGCGUCGCCGCUCCUUCUGA